AUGGGGAUGGAUCGGCGAAGCAUAGCGGACCUGACUGUGCGCUUUCGACUCCACAGAGUGCCCAUGUUAGUAGUAGGCAACGAACACGGACCCCCCCCCCCUCCCCUACCGACGGGUGGGGUUGGGCACAGUGGAUGGGUGGACCGACGAAAAAAAAACGUAUGCGCGGACCCCGGGAAGCACCCUCUUCAUUACAUGAUUAAAACACAACACAACAAAAACACUAUUGCCUAUAUUCCUCUGUGUGGUGGUAACAUUGGUAUUGACAUCAUGCGGACGUUCGCCUUACUGUCCAUUCGAUCCGCACACGGCCGGAUGUUGUGGAGAGGGACAGUCCUACUGACCGUGAUGAUACUCCUGCACCGUCCCGAGCCGACGCACGCCUGGACAACGACAACAACAACGACGACGACGAGGUGGCUGCUUUCGUCCCCCACGACGUCUUGGACGAGUACCACUACACGUCCGACCGCCGCCGAAACAAGAACGGCAACGACCGGCACAAUCACGACCCGCCGGCACCUGUCCAGCAGUACCUUGCCGGAUGCCAAACUCCCGAACGAUACCGUCUCUCCCGACCCUACUCGCCCGGAGACCGACGAAAGCAGUCGUCGGCAACAAUUAGUCUUCAACCAAGGACUCAACGAUCUCGCGGAAUCCUGCAGUAAUCCUAAAGUACAGGUCGUGACCAAAGCACAAGCGUGUCAAGACCGCUACACCGAAGCGGUACAGUCCCACACACAUCCGACCGACCUCAUUUCCUUCAAUACCGUCCUCAAGGCCUGGACCAAGGCCGGAGCUUGUCUGGCGGAACACGCACAACACGGACACAUGCUGGACGCGAACGUGCCCGUCUACACGCCCCGCGAUUGUGCGCAACGGGCGCAGGAUCUCCUCCAAGCCAGGGUCGCCCAACAACAGGACGUCGAUACCAUGUCCUACAACAGCGUCAUGGACGGUUGGGCCAAAUCACGUGCCGUCGAAGCACCCUUGCGCGUGGAAGAAUUGCUCGCGCAACUACAGCAAGGCAGUCGACACGGUUUGUAUCCCGAUACACUCUCCUACAACGCCUUGGUCGACGCCUAUGCCUACAGCAACAAACCGGAGCGCAUGGAUCGACUCGAACAGAUUUGGCAAGAUAUGCAGCGCAUGGAUCAGCAACAAACGGAUUCGGACGACGCCGCGUCCGUUCCUCGCGUGCGACCAACCGUACGGUCCAUCAAUUCUAUUCUGCACGCCUACGCACGCCAAGUACCCGAAGACGCCACCUACGCACCCAAAGCCCUACAAAUCCUGGUCGACAUGAAACGGCAGCACGAAAAGGUCCCCGAUCCCGCAGUCCAACCCGACGUGAUGACCUACACCACCGUCAUGGACGCCUUUGCCCGCGUCGGCAACGUCCAAGCUGCCGAACAGGCCGACCAACUCUUUAGCGAACUCCAAUCGCUCUACGAAUCGACCAAGAACGAUCGAUUCCGGCCGAGUGUCUACACUUACGUCACUUUACUCAUUGCCUGGUCAAGGUCGCACGCUCCCCAAGCCACUACCCGCGCCUCGGAAAUUUUGGAAGCCCUCCUGGCCGACCCACACGUGACCCCCAAUGCCCGCGCCUUUACGGCCGUCAUUGCCACCUGGGGACGCAGUAGGGAUGUCCGCAAGGCCCCCAAAGCAGUUCAAAUUCUGCAACGCAUGAAAGCCUUGGCGACCACCAAUCCUGAAGUGGCGCCGAGCCUGUACAGUUACAAUAGUGCGAUGGAUUGUUGUGCCCGGGUCCGCGGCGAUUCGGUUCAAAACACUGCGGCCCUGAAAAUGGCCUUUGCUAUUUUUCAGUCCCUCAACGCGGAUACGGCCGUCCAAGCGAAUCACGUCACGUUUGGUAUAUUGCUGAAAAAUGCCGGGGCUUUGCUACCGGCCGGUGACGAACGGAACAAAAUUGCGAUUGCCGUGUUGAAAAAAGCCAUGGCCGCUGGUCAAGUCGAUCCGUCGGUUUUAAUCAACUUCCAAAAGGCGGCCGAUGCGUCGGUUGUAUCGGUAACGUUGGAGCCACUGGCGGCCGGGCAAGGGCAUUUGGAUUUCAACAAGAUUCCGGCAGCCUGGAAUAAACAUGUGCAAAAGUAAAACAAAGAUGGGCUUUGGCGAGGCGGAAACGUUUGACGAAAGUUGGGAAUGAGUUCGUUCGUACGCAUUUCCAAGAGGGGUUGCGCGUUCCUUUCAAUGCUAACGAUUGGCAUUCUGGCACCUGCGCAUUGCCCGCGGGCGCUGUAGUACGGUAUCACCGAUGCAUUCUGUCUGAUCUCGCCGCAAUUCGUUUCACCCGAGAGGAAUUCGUCGAACCGUAGGCCAACGCAGAAUAUAUCAAACCAAUAUCGGAACGCCGUCUUUUUGAUCAAUACUAUUAAAUUAAUACGCUGGGAUGUAUCAUGAAUAGGCAAUGUAGUUUACUUUCCUCUCCCCACGAGAAGAGCGCCUUAGUUGCUAUUCUGAUCCAAUGUCGCUAGCGAACGCAUAGAACACCGCUGACUGUAAACACAAUUUGACAUGUAGUAGCGCAAUCGUGCAUCCUUACUUGAAGUUCGGGAGAUUGCGCAUCCCGGACGAGCCUGCUGGGGCACCUGAUAAGUGUCCGCCACCUUGUUGUUGUUGUUGUUGUUGCUGCUGCUGCUGCUGUCGCAAAAUCAACUGCAUCAAUUGGGCGUGUUCCUGUUGCUGUCGCCG